GCCAAAUAUAGUUUCCCAAAUUACCUGUUAAAUUAAAUAGACUUGAAUGAGACAACUUACUGGGUCCCUGCCAUUUCGCAAGGGAAUACCGUGAACAAGAUUUAGAACAAUUACAUCACAGACAGUAUGGCGUUCUUAAUGCAGAUUGAAGUAAUUUUAUCUGUUUGGACAAUAGCUAUAUCAGCUCAAUUUACUGAAACCAUAGACGUAACCGAAGGAAAAGACGCGACGUUUAAAUGCAAUUUAAGCGACAAUAACUUCACACUACCAGAAUGGAGAAGACCUUCAACUUUACUGUUUGAUCAAGACUCUUCAGAAAUUAAUGUCAACUUGACAGAUUCAUUUAAGACAAGAGUAGCGCGGAGCUCAAAUCAGCGUGACCUUGUUUUAAGUCAUGUUCAUUUGACUGAUGCAGGGGAGUACCAAUGUUCCUACACAAGUAAAGGGAAUCAGACGAUCAUGUUAAGUGUUUCCCUUCAACCUACUGAAGAAGAAGAAAAAAAUAUAUGUAUAAUAUCUAUAGUGGGCACUUCAUGUGUGGUUUGUGGUUUAUUGACAGUAGUUUUUUCAUUGAUGCUUUGCAAGAAAAGAAAAAAGAACAAAACAGAACAGAACAGGACGAAACAUACAGAACAUAACGAAACAUGUGACAUGUGAAAAACAAUAUAGGGAACUGUAGUGUUGCACAUGGAGGUGAAAAAAAGUUCUUAAUUUUGGCAAAAAAAAGUAUUUUUCUACAUAGUAGAGUGCUUGAAGUAUACGAAACUUAAGUGGUUUGGUGGUACUUGAAUCGGAAAUGUAAUUUUUAAAGGCUGAUGAAAUGCAUAUUUUUGCUGGUUACGGACACUACAAGUGGUACAUUUUGUAAAAUAAAGAUUCAAAACUAUGGUAAACUUGAACUAUUUUUACUGUUUUAUAGCACAAACAUAUGGAAAUACAUAAUGCAAGGCCAAAAUAGGACUGGGAUAGGUAUAGAUAGUGAAAAAAGAAACAUAUUUGUUGGAUAUUACUUUGUUGCUAAAAACAUGUAUAUUUCAAAUCAUCUGACAUCUUCAAUUCCAGUGUUAGUGAUGAAAACUUAAUAAAAAAAACCACACAAAUUCUGUCUUUGUUGAAACAAAAUUACGUAGAUUAAAGGCAAGUGAUUAAUUUUUUUAAAAAAUCCUAAAUAAUGAUAGAUACCAGUCAUUGGUUACGGACACUACAAAAAAGCCUCAAGAAUUGUUUUAUUCUAUUUUAUUUGCAUUAUGUUAAAAAACGUUAAACCCACUCAUGAAUUAUUUGGUAUAAUUGUAAAAUGAUAUCUGAUGGAAAAUGUAUUCAAAUUUGAUAUUCUUCAAACAAAAAUAUACAACUUGCCAUAUUAAAACCAAUGAAAAAGGAAACAGAACAACAAAAAUCUGAAAACUUCCUGUUUUCAUGAAAUCUUGUUACUUAGUAAGCAAUAUUAAGUUCUCUAAAUGAUACAUUAUUAUCAAUACUUUGUAUGCAUAUCAUAUAAACACACAACUAACACUUACACUUUUUAUUCAAGAAUGUCAAUAAGCAGAACAAGAAAUUAAGUUCAUGGUUAUGGACACUACACUAUGACUAAUCUAACGAAAGUAUACAUAUAUAUAGUCUUUUUGUAACUCCUUUUUUUCAAAUUUUCAAAUUUCUGGGUGUUGAAAAGGUAGCCCUAUUAUCAGUCAUAGUAGAUUCAUCUAUAAAUGCAACAACAUUGUCUCUUAUCUCCUAUGACAGAACCUGUUUGUGUGGACACACAUACAAUUUCUUUCCACUCUUUUUCCUUCAUCAUGUGAUAUUGAUAUUAGUUCUGCUAUCUUAACUUAUCUAGUUUUGAGUGAUACUCUUCUAUACUUCUUCUCGCUGUCUAAUUCUACUAUUUUUCUUUCUUUCUCAUUUUUCUUUUAAUUUUCACAUUGGCCUGGAUUGAGUUUCUGCCUUUCUUGCUAUUUAACCUCUUGUAACAUUUUCAGCAUUUUUCUGUCUUUUAACUUUCUGCACUGCAGCGGCCUCAUCAGAUCAAAACUCUAUAUCUGAAAGACAAUUGUACAAUAAAAUCAGAUGUACUUCUACGUAUAAAGCAAUUAAAUCACAAUAUAAAACUAGAAAUUGUGUCCAUAGGACACAGUUGCCCACACAUACUGUGCCAUUCUCUAUAAAGCAAAAUGAUCAUAACUAGGGCCGGUAAAAAUAUUCUCAGAAAAGGUUCCUUCCUUUAUGAUCAUCUGCACAUAAAGCUUGUUCAUUUGUUAAAGUUUGAAGCAAAUCAGGCUGACAGUUUGGGAAUCGUAGAACACACACAAUUCUAUUAUACUAUAUUCCAUAAAGCAAAAACUAUCAAAGGGCCAUAACUGAAGUAAAAAUAGUCACAGAAAGAAUUCCUCCCUUUACGGUCAUCAGCACAUCAAGCUUGUUCAUCUGUGAAAGUCUGAAACAAAUCAGGCUACAAGUGUUGGAGGAGUUGGAUACACAAUAUGUUUCUCUAUAUUCCUUAAGAAUAAAGCAGAAACUAUCAAAGGGCCAUGACUGUAGAAAAAAUAGUCACAGAAAAAGGUCUUUGCUUUAUGAUCAUCUACACAUGUUCAGCUUGGUCAUCUGUGAAAGUUUGAAUCAGAUUAGGCUAAUAGUGUGGGAGGAGUCGGACACACAAGAUUUUUCUAGAUAUGUUCUAUAUUUCUAGAUAAAAAUAUAGUACCUUAACUGUGGGAAAAAUAGUCACAGAGAAAUUCCUCCUUUUAUGGUAUCUACAUAUCAAGGUUGUUCAUCUAUGAAAGUUUGAAGACGAGUAGUCUUAUGGUGUGGGAGGAGUUGGACACACAAGAUUUUAAACGAACUGACGGACGUACAUACAUAGAGUAGCAACACUAUAUGCCCAUCACAUAAAUAUAAAAUCUCAUGUAUAUGAAUAUAUAUGUACCUGUCAUUUCAGUAAUACUGGUUGUUUUUUGAUAUUGUUUCAAUUUCUGUAGUGUCCGUAACCAGAUUAUACCCCGCAGCUCUGAAACAUUUUGAAUAGAAACAUUAUUGUAAGCUACAUGCAUUUAAACUAUCUGAACAAUGGUGCUCCCAAAGAAAUUGAUUAUAGUGAAUAACUAUUAAUAGUGAAUAACUACGUAUACCGACAUUGGUGAAAUUUUACUUACAAAUUUCGUUACUGACCUUCUCCAUACGCUAAAAAGGUAGUUCAGUACUUCUAUAACAUUCAAUGGUCUGAGAGUAAACAGAUUGAUACCAUUUAUUUAGCAUAUGCAAUAAAUGUGAACAUUUUUGAUUUGUAAAUGUAAAAUAUGUUAAGAACCUUGUCUACGCGUUGUAAAACUUUACAACAUAGAAAAUAUUACAUAACGAAGAUAAAUUAAUUCGCGUCCUAUAAAUGAAAUAUCCACAGCUUCAUUCAUAACAAACGUCGAUAUGAAUUAUACUGCGCAUUAUUGAUUAUAUGUUUAAUAAAAGUAUUACUUUUACGAGGUAUGAUUUAUGCAUAUAAUUCAAUAAAUAAUGGGCACAAAAUAUAAAUAAUGUAAAAGGGAAACGUAAGUUUUAAAACUCAA